CAAAAACAUCUCCCUUUCAAAGUCUGGUCUGCCAUACAGUGGCUGGCUUUUGCCCAACUCCCCGAGAGCUUGAAAAGCAAGCUCAAACUAACCAACCAAAAUUUUUCACCAUCUCUUCCAUCACCAUGCGCCCCCCACCAUUACCAAUCGACGGUUAAUCUCCAAAAAAUUUCCCCCAAAAAAAUCCAAUUCCAAAGCCCCUUUUAUAAAUCACAAUCAUCUCUCACAUGGGUUCUCAUCAAGUUUACCUUUUUCCCACGUGAAAAAACUGGCCAGACCACAGAAAGUAGUGGAGUUUUCCUCUGCGGAUUAUUAAUUAUAUGUGUGCUAUAUUACAUAAUUUGGUUGGGUUUUUUGGCCAUUAAUUUUUGGUAAGUUUAGUUUAGGGGGUUAUAGGAUGACUCAGGCAAUGGUGGUCGGAGAUGCGGGGAACUCCGGCAGCCAGAAUGAUGGCCGGACGGUGAUGGUUGGAGUGAAAUUGGAUGCACAGAGUAGAGAGCUACUUACUUGGGCUUUGGUUAAAGUGGCUCAGCCUGGAGAUCGUGUUAUUGCUCUCCAUGUUCUUGAUAGUAAUGAAAUUGUGGAUCGCAAUGGAAAAUCAUCUCUGCUGUCGCUUGUGAAAGCUUUUGAUUCUGUUCUGGCUGUGUAUGAGGGCUUCUGCAACCUUAGACAGGUAGAUCUCAAACUAAAGAUCUGCAGAGGUUCAUCAGUUCGGAAAAUUAUAGUUCGUGAAGCACAAUCUUACUUUGCCUCUGAGCUUAUUGUUGGAACUUCGAGGAACCAUCAUACUAUCAGGUCAUCGGCUUCUGUAGCCAAAUACUGUGCGAAGAAGUUGGCAAAGGAUUGCUCGACUUUAGCUGUUAAUAAUGGGAAAGUUGUCUACCACAAGGGUGCCUCAUCUUCUCAUUUCAGCAUAAAAGAACUUGAGCAUCAUCAUAGAAAUGGUCUGCUUAGCGCAAUUCAGAGAACUUUGAGUAAGAAUACCAAAGCAAUCACUGAUGGCAAUAUGAAGGGAAUUCUGACGUCCGAGCUCGGUUCUUAUGGCAGCGUAAAUCUGGCCCUAGGAAAUACUGAUUCUAGACAUCAGGAUGUAACUCUGAAAAGAAAUUGUUCUGUUUGUUCUGUUGGAGCAGUAUUGGAAGAUGACUGCAUGCAAUCAACAGAUGAAUCUUCCUGUGAUGGCAGUAAAGAUACUUCAAUGGCUGUAGUGCCAGUACAAAAGAUAGAGGUUGCAUCAAGUUCAAUUUCUCUGCUGAUAAAGGAGUUGCCUGAAGUUAGACCUGGUUGGCCGCUUCUUCGACGUACGAUAUUGUCAAAUAAGAGGUCAUCUAACAACUCAUCAGUUCGACAGAUCUCUGUGGUUCAAUGGGCAUUGCGUCUGCCCAGUAGGCAGUUUUUGUCAGUUGAAUCAAAUUCAAAAGGUGGAGUCUGUGACCAUGGUAUAGAUCAUUCCUCCGAAAUGGAUGGAGAAUCUGGUGCCAUUGUUCCAGUGGGCGGUGAGAGUCAUGAUAACCAAGAAUCUGAAAACAGUAUCUCCGAUGCCUUACCAAAGGUAUUGGAAGGUUUGCACGAAAAAUACUCAGCGACUUGUAGAUUGUUUACAUACAAGGAACUUCUCUCAGCAACUUCAAGUUUCGCACCUGAUAAUAUGACUGGAAAAGGCGGCAGCAGUAAGGUUUACAGAGGUUGCCUGCUGGAUGGCAAGGAGCUUGCUGUGAAGAUCUUAAAACCAUCCGAUGAUGCAUUAACAGAAUUUGUAUCGGAAAUUGAGAUAAUCACGGCUUUGAAUCACAAAAACAUCAUCUCUCUUUUUGGUUUUUGUUUUGAGGACAACCAACUCUUGUUGGUGUAUGAUUUCCUGUCACGAGGAAGCCUUGAAGACAAUCUUCAUGGAAACAAGAAGGAUCCACUUGUAUUUGGAUGGAAUCAUAGAUAUAAGGUGGCUGUUGGUGUGGCCGAGGCACUGGAAUACCUGCAUAACAGAGAUGCUCAGCCUGUGAUUCACCGGGAUGUGAAAUCAUCAAAUAUACUACUUGCUGAUGAUUUUGAACCUCAGCUCUCUGAUUUUGGACUGGCUAAAUGGGCUUCAACCACCUCAUCUCAUAUAACAUGCUCCGAUGUUGCAGGAACCUUUGGUUAUCUGGCUCCUGAAUAUUUCAUGUAUGGGAAAGUUAAUGACAAGAUUGAUGUCUAUGCAUUUGGAGUGGUGCUUCUUGAGCUUCUUUCGGGAAGAAAGCCUAUAAGCAAUGACUACCCUAAGGGUCAAGAAAGCAUUGUUUUGUGGGCAAAACCAAUUUUGAACUGUGGAAAAUUCGCUCAAUUGCUCGACCCAAGUUUGGCUGGUAACUAUGACGUUGAUGAAUUGGAGAGGAUGGUUUUAGCUGCAGCAUUAUGCAUCAGACGUGCUCCAAGAGCCAGGCCUCAAAUGAGCCUUGUAAGUAAUCCCAAUUAUCGCCUGUGAAUGUAGUUUAUAGUCCUUUCGGAAAGAUAGUUAAUGGUGUUCCUCUGCAUUCUUUCUGUUCCUGGGGUUCUUGCAAGUAGUUCCAACUGUUUCUUCUCUAGGGGACUCAACGUAGGACUCUUGUCAGUCACUUUAAUCUAUGGGGAUGAAAAUUUGCCCCCAUCUAUUGAUGAAUUAGUUACUUCAUCAUGAAAUGAAAGAAUAUUGAUUUCCAGUUUGUGAUUCGCGAACUUGAUAUCAUGAAAGACCACAAUCUGGUUUUUGUCGCCAUUUUGUGCUUUGUGUUUUUUGGCAAUGCCACGUUCAUGUGUCCAACAUCUUAAAUCCAGUUCCUUGCCGUCAAAUGAGGAUUUAUAUAGUUUGUCAUUUGCAUAUGUCUCUCAAAUUAUAUGGUGGCUCUGUAUUUAUACAAUUCAUCUCUUAAUCACAUAAAUGUAGGUUAUUCACAUUUUCAGAAUUUUUUAUUACACUUAACCGCCUAACCUCUAAUGUCCUAAUCUUAAUUACUAGAAUCUCAAAUGCGUUGACAAACUUUUCUUACUUCAGCUUCAAUGAUGUUUGGUAUUUUUAUGUGUCGUCUUCAGCCAUUCUAUGUUGUCAACGAUAUUCACUUCAUCCUUUUUAUUGCAGAUUCUGAAGCUCCUCCAAGGAGAUUCAGAGGCAAUCAAGUGGGCAAGGCUUCAAGUAAAUGGCUCAGAAGGAACCAAUGCUGUUCAUCCAGUUGUUAAUAAUUCGGAAGGACCUGAUGCCAUAGAUGAUGAAACAUUUUCGCAAUCCAAUCUCCAAUCCCAUCUUAACCUGGCAUUGCUUGGUGUGGAGGACUCACUUUCCAGCAUUGAGCAAAGCAUCUCAUUGGAAGAGUAUUUACGAGGAAGGUGGAGUAGGUCAUCAAGCUUUGAUUAAUGGCGUUAAGACUGUUUGGUAGACAUUCUGUUCCAUUUUUUUCUAUACAUUUUUCUUUUUUUUUGGGGGUUUAGUGGGUGUUGGAUGAGAGGUGCUGGUGUGCCCUCCUCCUUACCGUCGUAGUCUAUACUAUAUAUGAAGUUUGAUGUGCAAGGCUUGUGGAAUUUUUCAUUUCUCAAUCUGAGGAACUGAUCCUACAUUCAUUGUGCUCAUUGAUAAUUGAUCAAAAUGUACAGAUGAAUAUCAAUAAAGACAGUUUGAAAGAACAGCUUAGAAACUGUGGUUUUGUACAUGAUUUGCGUUCCAUGACCAUGAGUGGCGUUUUCAUUCUGUUUAUGCAUAUUUGAGAUCUAGUUCUAGAAAAGGUUGAUACUUGAAGGGGCAUCCCAUAUUGAAUUAGGAGAUGCUUCUAAUUCUAGGGCUGGGGUUACAGGAGAAUUCAUUAUUGACAGUUUGACACCCUAUAUAGGAAAAAGGCUC